GUUAAUUGUGAUCUCGAUCUUAUCCGCUGUACUCUGACUAACGUUCCAUCCACUCAUAAGCUGCUUUCACGAUGCCGCCUCCCUCUUGGCCUUCUCAUGCAUCCAUUUCGAGAUCUAUCUUCCCUUCAUAUGAUAAACUCGAACGUGAUUGUUAGGUGCCGUUCCUGUCGAACCUACAUAAACCCCUUCGUUCAAUUCAUUGACUCGGGCCGUCGCUGGCGUUGCCCCGUCUGCCACUUGACUAACUCCGUACCUGAUGAUUUCUUUUAUGACCCAGCAUCCCAGUCAUAUGGUGAUCCAGCGCGACGACCUGAGAUCCGCUCUGCUACCGUAGAGUUCAUUGCACCCCAAGAAUACAUGCUCCGGCCCCCAAUUCCAGCCUUUUACGUCUUCUGUUUUGAAGUCAAUGUAGCUGCCAUCUCUACUGGCUACCUGAACCUAGCUUGCGAUCGAAUAUCGGCCCAACUCGACCGCAUUCCGGGCGACAGUCGACGACAGAUUGCCUUUAUUACCUUCGACUCAGGGCUACACUUUUACAAACUUUUUGGCGGAUCAAUGCAAAUGCUAAUAUGCCGAGACUUAGAAGAAGUCUUUCUCCCUUGCAACGAAGGCCUUAUUAACCGCAUUGAGGGUAAUGAAGAGGCAAUCAGAGAAUUUCUUCAACGCCUACCAAGAGUAUUCGCUAAUACUUAUGAUACAGGAAAUUGCCUUGGUUUUGCGAUUCAGACGUGCCUUAAGCUGGCGGGAGGUACUGGCGGCCGUGUAAGCAUUUUUUACACCUCGCUGCCAAAUGUGGAGCCAGGCAAGCUGGUCUCGCGGGAAGAUACCACCAGGCCUACUCCUUUAGAUGCCAAGCAUUUGGGCCCAGCCACAGAUUUUUACAAAACUCUCUCUCUUGAAUGUGCUGCUCAACAGCUCAUUACUUCAGCAUGA